AUGCCACGCCAACCACCACCUCCCACUCGCCUGUCCGUCCUGGCUGCCCAGCAAGCAAUGGGAGCACUCGCCGCUUCGUCAAACUCGAACACUGGUCCUCCAGGACGCCCGAUGAGCCGAGGAUCAGUUGUCCGGUUUGCACCUACGUCGGUGCAGGGGAGGAGUAGGCCCCCUACGCCCAGUCAAGCGAAUGUCCAGGGGAUCCUAAAGAGCUCGAGGCCGAGCAGCGCGUUGGCUGGUUUGGAAGAGCCUAUCGCUGGUUUGCGAUCCGUUCCGGAAAACGCUGUAUGGCAAGUCAAAACCGCUUCGGUUCCUUUAUCCGCGAUUAUUGCAUCCUCCGACGAUGGACCGGUGUCACGUCCUCAAAGUCGCCCACGUGCCAUGUCCGCCGAUGAUGGUUCCAGUCCAGUACGAGCCAGGCCCAUGAGUGCAGCUGGGAUGAGCUCUCGUCCCUCUUUCCGUACUCAGACUAGUUUCCAGCGAAACGUUCACACCGCGCUUCGAAAAGUCGAUUCGUACGAUUCACUCGAGUCGCCUAUCGCAGGACUACGCGACUCGCAACCCACGACGACGGUAUGGGCGGCCUCUGGUGCCAAAGCUGCUGUUAGUACGACUGCUAGUGGUGUUACGCGACCUGCGAUGAGGAAGGCAAGGAGUCAGAGUUUCUUGAGGGGAGGGACGGACUUCGCAAUGAGGACCCAGUCACGUCCGAGUACGAGUAUGAGUCAUAGUAUGCGUGAAAGCGUUGAUGCCCGGGACUGGGCUGGAAGGCCUGCUACAGCUGAUGGAGCGUUGAUGAGAAGGAGUGCGGAUGCGUAUAGACCGGGCACGAGUCUUGGCUUGGGAACGUUGGAAGAGAGGAGUGAACAGGCUACUACGCGUGCUCCAUCUCGGGCUAUGUUCGUGUUCAGGGAGGAGAGAAGUCGGCCUAUGAGCAGGAGCAGCGGGUUCCGAGCGUUCUCGAGGCAGUCAAAUGGUGGGCGCAGGUCGAGGAGCGCGUCGAGGGCUGGAUACGGUGAAGAGAGGCAAGGGCGUGCGAGAAAGAGGGAUCAGGUCAAGGAGUUCCUGGGGAAGAUGAAGUUGAAGUUCAAGGCCAAGUUUGGGCGGAAAAAUAAUUCGAAGAACAAGGGGCAGCACCAUGAUCACCACGAAACGGACUUUUCGGAUGAUGAGUAUGAGUACGAGGAGAGGGGUAGAGAGAGGGAUCCUGAUGAGGAGUACUAUGGCAUUCCUGGGCGCGUCACCGAAUCCCGGCUUGGGUACCGAAAUGGGAUGGAUAGCCGGAUGAGCAAGCGGAGUGUCACGUUGAGUUUGAGGUAUGGCGAGGGCGACGAGGAAGAAGGUCUCAGUCGUGUCAGGUUCGAAAGCGGAAAUUGGGCUGCCCUCUCCACCGCCAGGAAAGUCAGUGAUGGUGUGCCGAACUUCGUCGCGUACGAAGGAGAUGCGGAAGAACUUGCACAGAGGGCGGUGAAGGAGGAAGCCAAGUCUCUCGCUCCUACGUCGCCUCCGCCCAUCCCAGCAAAGAACCCGAAACGUGCGUUUGCCACCGCGACUGAAGGUCAAGAAAGGAGGUUCUACGUAAGGGAGUCGUUAGCGAGGAGUAUGCCUCAAACCAAUACCCGUGUCUCCUACGAGGGCGGAAGGGAGUGGAAAGUUGAAACCGUGGCAACUGUCGCGGGUACGCCCAAGGUUGUCCGUCAAGUCCCUUCUGGGGCGAGUGGCGUCAAUCAUGCCGUUUAUCGACCUUGUCCGGAGGAGCAACCGGGACCUAUUGUGAGUAUGACCGUUCAGGGCAUGGGGAGGAGGAGUUUUGAUGAUGGAGCAUUGAGAGGGAGAGUCGUAAGCGGGUCUUUCACGGUUGAGGAUUCGCCUGAGUCUCAUCACCAUCAUCAGCGCAUACCUGUUCAGCCGAGGAGGUCCGUCGAGGUUGUCAGGGAGAGGCCCUCUUGUGACAUCUCCAGGCCUUCGACACCGGGUCGUGCUGCUGGUGUCGUCUGCGGUCAUGGAGGUCAUGGACUGUUAGGGACGCCCGUUGCGCAGAGUACGCCUAAAGCCAAGCUUGUGAAGAAGGAGAACAGUUGGGCGGAGGAUGUCGUUGAGAGUCUGAGUGUGGGAUGUCAAACCCAAGCACAAGAGGUGAAGUGCAUCUCGCCGCAGAAGGUUGCGGUCUGCAAACCCCUGUCGGCGCCGGCGACUCCCACGCUCACCUGCGCACCCACGACACGGCCAGCUCCCAAAAGGCAGAACAGCUCGGGGAGCACGAAGAGUACCACUUCCACUAAGGCUAAUGCUAUGCGUGUCCCGAGGAGUGGAAGGCAUUUCGGGAGUAGCGCUGCUGAUUGCGUCGUUCGCCCUUCUUCCCAGCCUCGACCUCAGUCCGAGAAAAAAGAGAAGGGCAAGUGGAACGAAGCUCUCGACGACCUCCGCCAUCGCUCUGUCAGUGGUCGGUCUACAAAGUCUACGCUCAAACUGGACACCACGAGUGCGAGUUUGAAGAGCGGUAACAGUGCCGAUCACCGCGAUCACGGCAUCAAUUGGUCUCCCACGAAAAACAAGAAUAUUGCGACAACGAAAAGCAUGGGCGACCUCAAAGCCAAAGUCGACGAGCAUUUUGGUCCUGUCGCUCGACCGCGUGUACUCAAGACUUCCAAGUCCAUGGGAAGGUUGGAGUUGGGCGGUGUUGUGCUUGAGCCCGGUUUGGGUGGCGUGAGAGAUGAGAGGAAGGAAGCGGCGGUGUUGGAUAGUGUGGAUGUUGAGAGGAGGUGUAGGAGUGUUGCGGAGAAAAUGGCUUGUGAGGUGUUGGGAAGGAUGGAGGGGGUGUGGGAGGAGGAGGGGGAGGUGUUUCUCUGA